UAUAUAAGAAACAACCCACAACACACUCUUCACGAACUUGUUUGCAGAAGCUCUUGCUCAGAUCUCAUUUCUCUCCUUCGCAUCCUCCCUUUCAGUCCGAGAAGCAUCUGCAAUGGCUCCCAAGGCCGAGAAGAAACCAGCGGAGAAGAAGCCUGCAGAGAAGAAGCCGAAGGCGGAGAAGAAGCUCCCCAAGGACGCCUCCUCCUCCGACAAGAAGAAGAAGAAGGCGAAGAAGAGCGUGGAGACCUACAAGAUCUACAUCUUCAAGGUGCUGAAGCAGGUCCAUCCUGACAUCGGGAUCUCCGGCAAGGCCAUGGGGAUCAUGAACAGCUUCAUCAACGACAUUUUUGAGAAGCUUGCUCAGGAGGCCUCCAAGCUCGCCAAGUACAACAAGAAGCCCACCAUCACCUCUCGGGAGAUUCAGACCGCCGUGAGGCUGGUCCUUCCCGGAGAGCUCGCGAAGCACGCCGUUUCUGAGGGGACUAAAGCCGUUACCAAGUUCACCAGCUCUUAGGGUUUUAAUUUUUGUUGGAAUCGUUGUCGUUUUGAGAUUCGUCGGUUGGGCUUUAUGUGUAAAUUAAGUUAGUGCUCUCUGUUCUGAUUUGUAAUUGCCUGGAACUAAUCAAACAAGAUUAUUUGGCACGA